UUCACCAUUCGGAGUUCAAGUGGGAGAAUAGGAACUACUCAAAAGUCGGAGGCUUUUUAACACCACCUCGAGGCACACUCAGCACAUACUAUGGCCAGCUCCAGCACCCAGCAAGACCACCAGGCCGCCAUUAGUAAUGUGGUUUCCAUAUAUUCCCACAAGAUUGGCUUGCCCCAAGUGACAUUGAGAGCCACGUUUAUCGGCCUUCUUAUUGGUACGGUAGUGUUAGUCUCGAACUUCCAGUUCGGUUUGCAAACCGGCUGGGUGUCCAUGAUGUCGUUACCAUCGGCGUUGCUUGGCUUUGCUCUCUUCAAGUUGACUCCCUGGGCCGAUGACUUCACUGACGUCGAAAAUGUCUACGUCCAAAGCGUUGCUGUUGCUGUGGGAACCGGACCCUUGGCUUACGGACUUAUUGGUAUCAUUCCGGCCAUCGAGAAGUUCUUGACUCCAGAAGAAUCAGGUAUUGGCCGUGCCAUCAAAUUUUCUCUUAAUGAGUUGAUCUUAUGGUCGCUCGGCCUAGGCCUUUUUGGUGUGUUCUUUGCUAUCCCUUUAAGAAACCAAGUCAUUAUUAAAGAAAAGCUUCCGUUUCCAUCAGGAAGUGCUACUGCAACCUUGAUAUCUGUUUUACACGGAACUGAAAUCUACAACGAAGAGCAUGAUGACAAAUCGAGAGACCCAUCAACAAUUCAACCAAAAAAAAUAUCGCCAGCUCCUGCAGUGAGCCCAGCAGUCAAUGACACUUAUUCUUCCAAUGUCAGUACGUUGGUCAAGACAUUUUUGGUUUCUGCUUCAUACACUCUUUUAUCGUACUUCUUCCCGAUCUUAAAGAAGUUGCCUAUAUUUGGUAACAUCGCUUCUUCCAAAUAUAAAUGGAACUUCGAGCCAUCGCCAGCAUACAUUGGUCAAGGUAUCAUCAUGGGCUUGCCCACAGUCUCCUAUAUGCUCUUUGGUGCCUUGGUUGGUUGGGGUAUUUUGGCACCAUUUUCCAAACAUGUUGGAUGGGCACCAGGACCAAUCGAUGACUUUAAAAAUGGUGGCCAGGGUUGGAUUUUAUGGCUUAGUUUGAGUGUAAUGAUCAGUGACUCCUUAGUCUCUUUCACCAUCGUUACAUACAAGUCUAUCCAUAAUGGUAUUAUCUUGAUGAAGAAGAAUAGAGAACGUGAGAUUUAUGAUAGUCUUAGCUUGGAAGAGCCAUUGUUAGUCGACUCGGACUCCACCUAUGAUCCUGAGUUGGGGCAGCCAAGACUUCCAAGACCCUCUGUAUCGUCGGAAAGAGACAAGGUCGAAAAAGUCCAUUUGGUGAGUAACAAGGUGGCUAUUUUCGGAGUGAUUUUGUCCUCGUUGCUUUGCGUUGUGGCUAUCAAACUCGUUUUUGGACCUUUGGUCCCAUUGUACGCAACUUUUGUUGCAAUUAUUUUGGCUUUAAUGUUCUCAAUAUUGGGGGUUAGAGCUUUGGGUGAGACCGAUUUGAAUCCCGUUAGUGGUAUUGGCAAGUUGUCACAAUUGAUUUUCGCUCUUGUUGUUCCUGCGUCAAAUCCUUCCAGAAUCUUAAUCAAUUUAAUUGCGGGAGGAAUUGCGGAAGCAGGUGCCCAGCAAGCUGGUGAUUUGAUGCAAGACUUGAAAACCGGACAUUUAAUUGGAGCAUCUCCUCGUGCACAGUUUACUGCUCAAAUAAUAGGUACUGUCUAUUCAGUAUUCUUGAGUAGUAUCAUGUACAAGGUCUAUAACGCUGUAUAUGAGAUUCCGGGUUCAAUGUUUAGAAUUCCUACAGCGAUCAUUUGGAUUGAUUGCUCAAGAUUGGUUACUGGUGCAGGGUUACCACCAUAUGCUUUUCAGUUCUCUAUUGUGUCAGGUUUAAUUUUUGGUAUGAUAUCCAUUAUUAAGAAUGUUACUCCAAAGACUUCGAAGUAUCACAAAUGGUUAGUAUACUUACCAAAUGGUGUUGCGGUGGGUAUCGGUAUUUACAACAGCCCCAAUUUCACUCUUGCCAGAUUCGUCGGUGGCGUAAUUGCAUACUGGUGGGUCAACUAUAAGGGAAAGAGCACUGAUGGAGGGGUCAACAAGAUUGGUAUGAUUAUAUUCAGUAGUGGUUUAGUUUUGGGUGAAGGGUUGUUGAGUGCAGUUACCAUGAUUUUGACGUCAUUAGGGGUACAACAUUUUUAGACUUCUGCAUUUCUACAUGAGGUUCAUUAUGAAGGUUUUUCAAACACUUACUUUAGCAUUUCAAUCAACAUACAAAUUUUAUAGAUUACGGAAUAAGUCCAUAAUGACCUAGCACAUUUCAAUAGAAGUUUUUAAGUAUUAAGUAUUUAUUAUGAGUAAUUUUUACCACCACGAUAUCCUAACCUGGAAUCCGUGAGUGACCGAUAGGACCAUGACAUAAACAAAGAACGAGAGUUUAGAAUAC